AUGCCCUCCACACCCUUGGAUGCAAUCCGCCUGGUCCUGCGCGCCGCCAACCCCAUUCUCAUCCUACCGGUGCUGCUGGUCGCCGCCAAACCCUCUCACCCACGCCGGGCAUGGUUCGCGCUGCUCACGCUGCUCUUCACCGUGACCUCAACUACGCUACAUCUGCUCCACCGGGCAAUUCCCUUUGGCCCCACUGAACCCCCAACAUGCGAUCGACCACUCUAUCCCUCCUCCGUCGACGUCAUCACUCGCCUCGUGUACCAGUGCUUCAACUACCACGAGCACUGCUACCAUCUACAACGUCUGGGAGGAGACAGAUCCGCCCUGACCGCGGACAUGGGUGGUAGUCCAGUGCCGCCGGACAUGGAAGUGACCGGCGGCGAACUGCCAAUGGCAUGGAGACAGCAUUUCGAACAUGUCCAGACUGGAAGCCAACGAAGCGAUGAGAGCAACGCAUCUCGUCCGCCGCCUUCUCAUUGGUCCUCUCCAGCAACAUCAAGCCACGUUCUGCCGCUCCUCAAGCAGAGUCGGCGAUCAUUCCAAGGGUCAACCACCGAGUCUACCAAUGGCGCGAGGAUGCAUGCCUGGAUGAUUUGGAGUUGCGCCAGCACGCCCAAUGUCUGUGUCCUGGCAACUCUUGGAUACUCCAUCCGUCAGCACAAGUCGGCUUGUCCGCCGGGCGAAAGACUUUCCCCCUCACGAUCUUCACCCGCUGAUCCUACCGUGUUAUGCGCCCCUGCGACUGCCUGUCCAAAAGGGUGGCCAUCUGGCAACUCGCCAUUGUCAUCAUCCCGCAAGAGCUCGACCGCCUACGAGAUUGCGAGAGAUGCCUGGAUGGCCAAUAGCAUCCCCAUCGCCACCUGCAGCCUUUACUCAAACCAAUUGCCGUCAAUGGGCCGCCUCCCCGUCACCAGCUACAGUCUCGCUUUGCUGAUAAGUGCUCGCACCCACGGGCCGCUUGCGCGGCCUCGCCAUUACGCCGACGCCACCCCGUCUUUCCUCGGCCGCUUGAGUUCGUCACGCAACCCUGCAGGUUCGCUCCGUGAUCCAUCAAUCGUUGACGAGUUGUACUCCCUCACCGUAGACACCGCUGACCUGGACAGGGAAUGGUACGAGAUUAUGGAGUCCUUCACCGACCCAGGCGGAAGCUCGGUGUAUCAAGAUCCAGCGAUGGCGUAUGUUCACCAAUCCUUCGCCAAUGCCACGAACGACAGAACCAUUCAUCUGGCAUGUGUUGGGGAUGAACAUUUCUGGCAACGCUAUUGGAACGACUUGGGCCAUGAUCCACAAUGA